GAAAAUUUAGAAAAAGGGUGCGAAGUUCUAGUAAAUAUCUGUGACAGCCUUGUGCUAAGCGCGGCUGCAAGUCCGUGUCUAGUUGUAAGCGUAGUUGACAUUUGACUAGACCCUCAGAUGUAGCUGUAAGUCUGGAGCUGCGUUCUCCUAAAAACAAAAUGGAUGGAUGCGCGCUGGGGUUUGACGGCAGGAAAAGACGAGGCCGUCAGACCACCGUUCUUCGACCUCUCGAAGUCGAAGAUGCAGAAGGCGAGCCGACAGUCGGGUCUCAGUCUCAAACAAACGACUCAGACCCGCAGAGCAGCAUCGACUACACCUUGGUCGCGAUUGCAGAAGACGGCUCGCUCAUGACGGGAGCUCCCGAGACGAAACGCCGCAGGGGAAAAAAAGAUCAUCAACUUGGGAUUGAUACUGCUGUCGAGAUCGCAGGACGCUGCGGAGGGCGAACCUUAGCGCAUCCCGAGAAACAGAUGGGAAAUGCAACAGGUAACACGUCGCUCGGAAAUCUGUUCGCGAUCAACGAUGGAGCGAGAGAGCCGAUCAUGGAAGCGGGAUGCGCAAGAGGGAGUAGCAGUCCAACCUUCUUUGAAGGUCUUUAUGUUGGACGGGGAACGGGAAGCGGCAGCGCGAACAGCCAGCUCUUGGAGAUGUGUUCUUCGUCUUCUUCUUCGAGUGGUCUAACGAAGACCCAAAAAUACCAACAGAGCAUGCAUCUCAAAGGCAGAAGUAUGGACACCAUGGGCAGCACAACCAUGCAGAAGACCGACGAACAGGAACACACUGGAUCAAAUGAAAAGGCAAAAGCGAAGGCUCUUCUCGCUAAGGAAGCUAAAGUGCUUCUGAAGGAACAACAACGAAAAGACCAAGAGCAAGCAGGCCUUUCGGAUGAACAAGAAAGGCGCCGCGAAGAGGCGGAGGACGCAGUCAACAGGUAACCUACAUGCACAUGCACAAUCUAGAUCUACUUCUACGACUGCCUAUUCAUAUUCUACUACAACUAACAACUACAACUAGAACUACAACUGAGUAGAAGUAAUAUCGUUUAUUUUUAUCUUUGUGAUUGUCAUUGAUAUUGAAACUGAUUCUCCUUGAGCUUGACCUAGUCCUUGUGUACUUCAACCCUCAGUUCUACUUCUACAGAUACUGAAUGACAUUAGAAAUUUAGUAACUCUCACUUUCAAACUCAAACACAAACAGAAUCUAAAAAAUCUAAAUUCUUACUCAACAUCCUGAUCCUCAUCCACAUCCAGUAGAGUAAGGAGAAUGAGAAGGAAAAAGUCACUGAAUGUGUACAACUACAACAACUAGUACUAGCAGUAGCAACAACUACAACACAAUCACAAGUAACGGAAACAAUUACAUCUACUUCUACACUCUUAUGAUCUUGAUUCUUGACUCUACUAGAAGUAGAAUCAAGAUCAACUUCAACCAAAACAAUAUGUCACGAAGACCUUCUCCUUCCACUUCGUCAUCCGAUCUCAAACUUCGUCAACCUUCGCGACAUCAUGAUCAUCCUCAUAGCGCAACUAGCUCGGCUUCUCCCGCGUGCGGAGUCAUCAACUUCUGGCCCUGACAGCAUGAGCAUGAAGGACAAGAAGGUCAAUCCGGUGCUUAAGCGGAUUCGUACUCGUAAGCAUCGCGAGCGUGAGGGCGAAGGUGAAUGAAUACUGCGAUCAAGAACCAGAUCCAUCGUGUCUUACUGAAGGCCAUGGGGUUGAUCUAAUCGUAGCUGCGGUUGCGGCGGAGUCUGUCGCUUCCUUGCGCGUUAAGCUGUAGGUGUAGUGUAGGAGUAAGAAUAUAUGUUUCUGUUUGUAGUUUUACUUUUAGUUUUAGUUUUAGUUUUAGAAAAACAAAAAGUAAAAGAGUCGUGCUAGUAGUAGUAGACACUAUUACUCAAUUAUCUUUACAUGAGAUACAGUUACAGCACAGAUGGAGUUACUGAUACUUUCCGUUUCCCACUCCCUCACCCCACUUCCACCAGUUACCUUUGGGAUUACAUACCGUCGGCAGUAUCUGGAGGAUGGGCGGGAAAGAAGUUGGUCCAUGUGGACCGUCUCGCGCAGAAAAUUAUUCGCGAAGACGCCGUUGAAUCUCAUCAGUGCAAGCCGCAUAAGAUCCGCAUGGAAUGGGACGGGGCAGGAGUUAAGAGCUCGCAGUUCUAGUCGCAUCUUUAUCUUAAUAGGAUUACCACUACCAGUACGAGUAGGAGAACUGAGUAACUGUAACAGUAAGUUUAAGUAGAAGUCUAGUGCUAGUACAGUAUCUAAAUCUAAAUCUAUACGCAAACGCAAUGCAUUUGCAAUAGCAUAAGCAUCUGUAUAUAAGUAUAUGUAUAACUAUAAGUUACUUACUUUUUACUCCUUCAUACUUUGCACAAUUUUAGACUCCGGAGAAUUCUUCGAGUCUCAAACGUCCAGACGCGACCGCAUCAAGAUCCAGAUCAAGUGGAUGGUGCACAUGGCCGCACUGUUAAGGUCUAUUGUUUAGAUAGCUCUCUGUCUCUCACUUCCUCUCGCUCUCUCCCUCAAGUCCCUCUCCGUCUCAAGAUGUACUGCUCUCUAACUUCCGUACCCUUGAACGAGCAGGGACAGGCGAUGUAUGACAAGAGAGUUGAAGUACCGCUGCCGGUCACAUCACUAGCCAAGGACGAAGAGUCCGAAGAAAACGAAUCGUGGAGGAAUGCCAAAUCGGUGUUCAGAUUAAGGCUAAGCUUAGCUAAAACUUAAUAUUUUAGUACUAUAUCUAUAACUAUAAGUAUCUGUAUAAGUAUAAGUAAAACUAAAAGUAUAACUAUAAGAAUGAGUAUAGCUAUAGGUAUAAGAUAGGUAUAAGAGCGUCCUUUUUCUCUUCCCCCGUCUAUCUCCAUGCUAUCUCAACCCAAGCCCGGACCCUCCACCCUCUAACCAACCACCUCUACUACCUGCUCCCUUGGCAUCCUUGGGCACAGUUGUGCAUUUGUGACCCUAAUGUUGAUUCGGGGGGCGCGUCGUUGCCUUCUGUCCACUAUAUCGAAGAACUGGUGUUCGAGAUAAUCGAGGUACGAGAAGAAAACGACUCACAGAUGUGGAAAAUGUUUGCAGAUUGCGAGACGGGCUUUUUCUUUCUCCCUGGGACUUGCUGGCAGCAUCCGUACUUCUUCUUUUAUUUCUAUCUUAUACAACUACAACUACAACUACCAGCUAGGUUAUAGCUAUACUUAUGCUAAAUUUAAAACUAUAAUUUAAAUUUAAUUUUAAAUUUUGUUUUUGAUUUUCUAAAUUUUCUAAAACUAAAUCUAAAUGUAGUUGUUCGGGGAAGAUGUGCAUGUGCUUCUACUUGUAGUUUUAGAAGGUCAAACUCUUUCAUUUUCUAAUUUUUUAGAUUUAGAUUUUGAUUUUGAAAAACUCAAACACAAACAGGAACAAUACGACUUCGCAGAACGCUUCGACAGAGGGAUGCUGGGCCUUAAAUAUCGACUCGUCCUGUCUCUUGAAUCGCUUAUGAGAAUGGUUAUCGUUAUCUACAUUGUAGUAUAUGUCUAUAUGUCUAACUAUAUCUAUAAGUAUAAGCUUAAGCUUGUAGUUAACAGUUAAGCUACAGCCAGACUCUAACUCUAAGACUACGGAGUAGUUGUAGUUGUGCGUGUACUACUCGUACUCCCAGUGAUUGAAGAUGAACAUGAAGUCCUCUAAUGAAAUUGCGCAAGGAAAUCCAGGCUACGACGCGACAUAGACUGGGGAUUAGCCGCGCCAUGUCGCAAAAUCGUGAGAAGUUUGGAGCUAAGCCAGGAAUAGGCGGCAGGGAUCUAUCUAGGGUUAUCAACAUUUACGGUAAAUGGAGCAAGAUUUCGAAGCUGCAGUUUAGGAUGGAGCGACUCGCAGAGGCGCACGCACGAGCUGAAACUUCGCAGAGAUGUCGUGGCAUACAAGAAGGAAGUGAAGAAUUCGCGGACGCGGUGCAGCGGGAGACGAGAAUGGAGCAGCAAAAACUUCGUACUAUGUCUAUCUCUAAUCUCUAUCCUAUUCCUAUAGCCUAUCGAAUUCCAAGUGAGGACGUGUAUGAAUAAUUCAAGUAGAAGUAGCGUAGAAGUACGAGUAUGAGUAACACAAAUAAAAUUAGAAAUACAAAUAGUAAUAGUAGUAGUACUAGCACCACAACCACUACCACUAGCGCGACUACUUUAAGUUCUGUAUUUAUAUUCACAAUGAGAAUCAAAUUGAUAGACAUAGACAUAGAGGAAUUAUAAGGAUAGCUUCAACUCAAGUUGAACUUGUCACUGAAAAAAAGAUUUGAUUGAAAACCAGAAAGACAAAGAGAACGUUGUAGCAGUACCUGAGACUUACCCUCCAUUGUUUCUCAUCCAGAUGAUGCGGAGAUGGAUUGCCUUGCUGGUUUACGACAAUGCCAACCAACUAGAUGGGGCUCGGUGGGAAACGCUGCGCGGAGUCGAGCCGAGAUCGAGAUUGUCGGAGGAAUGCUAUACUUAGAGGCGGGUACGCAGAUUGAUUUCGAUGCCGGGAAGUAUCUUCGUACCCCAGCGGAAGGUAUUGUUAGAGAUCCGUGGGGGUGGGGGUGGUGAUUGAUUCACAACUACAAGCACUAACACGAACACCAACACCGUGCAAUCAGAAUUUGAAUUACGAGUACCUAGUGCUAGUGGUUAGUGCUAGUGCUUGUAGUUCACGUCCAACACCAUCGCCAUCAUAUACCGUACUUAGACUAGUGAUGCAGGAUUCUGGUGCAAUCGUACUCGACACUCCAUCUCCAACUUCUCCUCCCAUACUCACUACUAGUACUACUCGUACCUCAGAAGCAGAGUCUCCUAUUGCUAUUACCACAACCACUUGCACAGAUUCACACGUUGCUGCUUGCCGUGUUGUCGGCGCUGGACUCAUUCCUAGUGAUCGUCUGACCAGAAAGAUGAAUGAUAACGAUUCGGUCACGAAGGAGGAUAUCCUUGGACAGGUUGCCAGGUCUACGUCUGCAGUUUUACUGCAGUAUUAUCUUGUAGACGAGCAGGAAUGGGCUGCAACUGAAUUGCCAGAGGGGUUUUGCAAAAACCGGUUUUGGGCUCCAGGUCUUGUGAUGGGAGCUGGAGUUUUUAUCCUCUUCUGCUACGAUCUCGAGAUGCAGACUCGUCUCUUGGAGCUGGAUGAUGCAGAUAAGUUCUUUCUCGGGUUUGAUCGUAUUGGCAAACAGGAGCAGCUGGAAAAUGAAGAAGAUUUAGAUUUUCGCAAAAAGGUUGCUGCGGAAGAGGAAGCAUACGUAACAGCAUUUUGCGCAGGUCCUUAUGAGAGGAUUUGUUUAGGUUUACCUUUACUGUUACUGACUUAGCAGAUGCGUUACAGUAGUACUAGCAUAACUUGUGCUCCUAGAUGUAGAUCUAGACGUAGACUUAAAAACCUGAUACCAUACUCGUAAUCAUUAUCAUAUACAUAUACAUACUAAUAUACUAAUCCUUAAUCUCAAGUUGUAUAUCUAUACCUAUACAUUUACAUCUACAACUUGUAGAUGUAGUUGUACACACUAAUGCUCCAAACUAUGGCAUACACAUACUUAUACCUACAAACAUACCACACACAUCGAAGACGAAGUCUAACUCUACUAUAAGUCUUAUAGUACUAUUAGUAUUAGAAUUACAAUGAGUACUACUAGUACUACGACAACUACUAGAAGAAGAUUGAAAGGCAUUCUAAAAAUUCUAAAAAAUCUAAAAUCGAUAAGACUAAGAAUAAGGAAACAACUAGAAUUACGUCUACAACUACUACCUGUGCCUGUGCCUCCUGAUCGACCGGAAAUACUAUAAGUUAUUGCAAGGAUUCGCCAUAACAUUUGAGUUUCUCGCUUCCUCUCAUAUGGUUGCACCGCAAAGAAUUCGAACCCGUCCGAACGGUCUUCAAAGUGUCUGGCGUACAUUGCGGCGAAAGACUCCCAAGUGUGCUGUUGCAUUGACAAGAAAACUGAUGGAAUGCCGUCAAAGCAAGUGGAAAAGUACUCGGAGAUGCGAGAGCAAUCAUGCGAUCGUUGGUAAGGCGUCAGACACUAGCUCUCGCGUGCGUGGUUUGGAGUUGGUAUCGAGUAUGUCGCACGCGGCUGCACUGUGUGGACGAUUGCGGAAUGCUCAGAAAUUGUUGAAGAAGAUCGAGGCUUUGCAAGCUACUGGGAAUUUUACUCGUUACGAGAACCAACGACCCUACGAUGGCAGAGACGUCUUGAAAGGAGCAGCUGGAUUCGGAGCGUCUGUUCGUGUGGAAGAACAAACGCUAGAAGUACAGCAGAAGAUCAAAGAGGUCGCAGAGGUGUGGAACAGGCUCCGCAAAUCUGACAACCACUUUGCUGCUGAGAAGGCACGAGAACGGUUACUGCAAUUGGCUCAAGAGAAGGGAACGCCGAUCAGAAAGCUGGAGCAGACCUGCCAGGAGACGCUCGACUACUUCUUGGUUCUACGUAGCCGGCUUAUCGAGGAAUACCUGAAGAAGGAUUAUUCGAUAGAGGAUUCUGUAAUGGCCCAGAUUGAACGAACAUACAAUCCGCUGAAUUUUGUUCUUCCAGGCAGUAGCAAAAAUUUAUGAUGACACCGUAAAGGUAAACGUAAAGUCUUCGAACAAAUAAGUAGUAGUAUUGCUAAUCCUAAUCCUAAUGUUGCUAACGGAACGGUAACCGUAACUCUAACAGUAAAAGUAUAAGUAGUAGUAUUAGUAUUUAGUAUUACUAAUAGUUAUAGUAAGCUGCAGUACGGUACUGCCAGUGCCAGUACUUAGAAGUAGUACUAGUAGCAGUAGUACUAGAAGGAGACUAAUCUGAGACUCAGACUCUCCUCUAAAGAACCAAUUCCGUCUCUGGGGUGACAAACGGGAAAGCGAAGGGCGACACUUCGCGCAUGUCUGCAACUGGUUCUUCAGUUAAGGGAAUGGACAAGACAAAGAUGCUUUUGUAAAGGCACACGCUCAUGUAGUUGCUGCUACAGUUCUUCGUCUUGUUCAUCAAGACUCAAGGCACAGUCUUGGGAACGGCGAAGAUGAAGAAUGUGGAGCAGCAACGAUUUGUAUUUGUCAUCUCAGUCUCUAGGUUUAGACUUUAGCGCUGCCCUAAGCCUAAGCCUAAAUCUAAAGAUCUUGCUCUUGCUCUACCUCUAAUUCAAUCUCCGGUCCCGGAAAAGGAAAGCACAGGCAGCGAAGCUAAGAGCGGACAGCACGUUGUCUUUUCUUCAAUCACGCUUGAAAGAAACAGGAGUGACGAAGGGCGGAAGAGCAACAGGACAAGAGCCUAGUUCAACAUCCUCGCACAAUGCAACGGCUCAAGUGAUGGAAGAGAUGAUGGGGGUAUUAGAACAAGAAAUGGUUGAGCAUCGGCACAAGCCUCAACGUAACCCGAAGAGGGAAGACAAGGACGCACUGAAACUAAACGAAGAUGACGACUUGUUUGACGAGCAGGAGCAAGAGGAAGGAAAUGACGCUGAGAUUGAGAAGAACUCUAAAAAUUCUAAAAAAUCUAAAACCAAUAAGAAUAAGAAAGUUGGACCAACUACGUCUACAGCUACUACAUCUACCACAACAUCAACGAACGAUAAAAGCAAAAAAGGUAAGUGCAAUACCACAACCACAACCACUAGCACCACCGAAGGCGACGCACUACAUGCAGGGCAGGAGGAUGAAGAGGAUGAUGUGGGCGGGAACCUGAAGAAGGAAGUAGAGCAGGCGUCGGCGGUAAUUCAGCACGACAGUAUUCUAGUUCUGCGUGUGCGUUUCGACACUCUGCAGAUUUCUCCUGGUGGAAACAUGUACGACAGUAAAAGCAGAUGGUUCCUGGUUCCUCACGUAUCUGGUGACGGUACAUACUCCGGCGUAGAGCUUGGCCAGUCGCCAUCUGACAGCGAUUACGAAACAGAAGAACCAGAUCCGCAAAUGCGCAUUAGUUAUUGUGGGGGCAAGUUCCCACGAGCAACCAUCUCCAGCUCUUUUCCACCACCUUUCGAUAUGGAGUCAGGAGGGACAACAGUCGAAGCGUACGUGACUCACAUUGUUGGUUGUGAAGGAGCAGUGGGCAGUCUACAUUUUGGAAAGCCAGAACCAGUACAGCUCCCGAAAUUAUGGCAAGGUUUCUCCAUUUUCGUCGUUGAAUGUUACUAGGCUUCUUCUUCAGCUUCUAACAAACAUGAACGUGCGGUUCGCAGGUCGGAAAAUGAAACAGCUGGAGAAGUUUCUUCCCUCUAUCGAAGAAGAAGAAGAGGAUGGCUUUGCCGAGGAAGUGGUUGACGAAGGAGCUUGCCAGGAUCUGCAGCAACCAAGAGUAGUAGAACUAGAAGGUCGCGAAGUAGAAGAAGAUGAAGGAAAUGCUACUGGGAAGCAGAAAAAACCACCAGCAAAUAAUCAGAUAUGGGCUUUCUCUAAACCAUCUCUGCAUCCGUUGCUGACAGGCGAGAGCUUUUAUGGUGGGUUCGAGCCACCUCGGGACGAUCGUGGCUUCAUGGUCGAUAGUCGUCUGCUUAUUCGCAAGCCGCGCAACGAUGCAGGCCUGGACCGAAAGCCUUACAACCUGAAACCAAAGGGAGUUCCGAGUGCGCAAACCUGUAAGCAUGGACAUGGAGAUGCGGAAAAGGAAGCUGGUCAGGUUCCAUGUUCAGUAGCAGAAACACCGGCUAGGCCAUCCCCUUCAGCGUCCUCCUCGAUCCCUAUCUCGAUUGCCGUCGACAACCACAACGCUGGUAGUGGAGGCAGUGCUGCGACUGCCGCUGGCAUUCUACCAGUACCAAUUCCAAUGCCGCCAUCAGCAUCAGGAUCAGCAGCAACUUCCUCUUCUCCUUCAAGUUCUGCUAAUACUUCUUCUAGUUCUAGUUCUGAUUGUGCUUCUGGUACUGGUACUGGUUCAGAUAUUACUACUAAAUUAGUAGAAGACUUAGCAAGAACAAGAAGGAGUGGGCAAGAAGUGGCGAAUACAGGAAGUGGUCCUGGUGAUAUCGUUUGCCCCGACUUGGAAGCAGAUGGAGAUCUGAAUGUCCGCAAGUCCUUUGGCGAGUGGACAAACCAUUUCGGCCUGCAGAACGUGCUGAAGUACGUAGAAAAAAAGCGGGAAUCAUUUAGACAGGCAGCGGCUCAAGAACAAGUGAAUAUCAGUGCUGAAGUUGGUCCUCUAUCUUCUCCUCCCGCACCUGCUGUUGUCAAUCAGGCUUCUCUGGGUUCGUCGGCGUUGUCGAAUAAGGAGAAUAUCGUCAACACUAACAUUAACAACAACGAAGUGGAAGUCCCACAAGAUGGUGUCCCAGGUCUUGUUACGCCACGAAAUGACGCAUCGAAGCAGACUCCAAGUAGCAACAAAAGUCAAGUAAUGCAGCUACUGCCAGCGGCGUCGCAAUUGAGAAGCAGGCGAGCAAGUGUAAGUAACAUCGACUUCGACGGUGAGGUUGAUGAAAUCUCGAAGGGAGUGCAGAAGCUAGAUCUUGAUAAUGCCGUGCCAGUGACUGUCGCAGAUGCUAGCAAGAACCUCGUAACGCCAUGCAGCAAGAGCAUCAAUCCUCCAGUUACUUCUAGAUCUGCAUCUAAAGCAGCAGCAACGGUAGCGGUAACAGAAGCAGGUGGAAGCACAGCUCGCAACAAGACCUCGCCCAUGUGCAUCUCUGACGAAGCCAAGAAGCGUAUCCAGAAAGCAUCGUCAGCCCGAAAGGCCGCUCUGUAUCAACAGCAGCAAUCAUCGUCAAAGGAUCAGCAGCGUAAAACGUCUGCUAACUGGAAGAGCAGCCUUGUGAUCCGGAGUGCGGGUAGAUCAGCGCAAAAAGCACCAUCUUCGGGUCUCGUCCUACAGGCGUCAACUCCUGGCUCUGGUAGAAAGGAAAUGGAAACCAGUGAAGUCGAUCUGCUCUACGAGGUUGAUGGAGACCACGGCUUGGCGCGUCGUCUGUGGAGCACGGAGAUUGAGCGUAAUGCGCCUCGUGCGUCUACUUCUGGAGACGUCGGUGUGGCAGCGAAUGCGAAGGAGGCUGAUGAAAUGCUUACACGUACCUCCGCUGACUGGCUUGCUGAUGCAGAGAAGGCUCAAGCGAUGCGUCGUCGCAAACAAGUUGCUGCUCAAAUGCUGCGAGAUCAAGAGAAAGCCAAAGAGCAUGCUUCUACAUCUAGAUCAGCAUCUCCAAAUCCACUAGAAGCAGAUGAAGACCUUGUGCUCAAUCGGCGGCUUCAGGUUCACCAUUUCCACGGCGAUGAAGAGCAAGAGGGGAAGCCGAAGGCUGCUGAUGAGAGUCAAAACCAGCUGAAACGAGUGAAACGACCAGCAAACAUGGCUCCGGAAGCAGUACAAGCCAGAGCAGAAGCACGCGACCGUCAUCGGAAGUCUGUUGAUGCUGUACUAGCUGACACAAUUGGAGGAUUCUAUUUCCGACCGUUGACCACUGGAAUCCUGUGUCGAAUCGGCGUCCAUCACAUCGAGUAUCCCGCGUUUCAUUCGCUGUUUAGUCUCCGCGAUGGACCACAGCUGCUUGGUUGCCAGAGUAACGGCGAUUUCACCAAGUGUUCAAUGGGUCAUGGUCCUGCUGCUUUGAACGUUUAUCUCUCCAUAAUGGCUGGUCGUGCAAGAUUCAUGAUGCGGUUUCUUCGAAGCAGUUAUCCCAUCUACAUGUCGUCGGCAGACAAGAAGAAGGUCGACGAGUGCUACGCUGAGUGGAUGAAACCGCUCCGAGAUGUGCUCCAUCUUCACCCGACUAUACGACCAGACUGCGAGAUGUCCAUUCCUCUUCAUGAUGACGCUUAUCGACGCCUAGUAGCACCAACUAGUACUGAUCUACACUUCAUCAAGGAGGGCGACAGGUCCGUUGUGAUGAAGAACCGGGAAAGUGCCGCGAAAGUGGUCAUCUGUAAUCCAUUUACGGACGAGGGAGACGACUAUACCGGGUAUGACGCCUUUGAUCCGGAGGUCGCAUUUAAAGACGAGGGCAUCUGCAACUCAUCGGAUGAGGAGGAAUUUGUCGACAAUUGGAAGGGAUUAUAACCGUGGCAAGCGUCUCAGAAGCGUCUGGAAGAGGUACCUAAAAUAGAUUGGAAAAAGUGAUGGAUUCUAAUGCGCUAAGCUCCAAAAAAUUUAGAUUUUUUAGAAAAUUUAGAUAUCUUAGAAAUGACCCUAAAAUCGUCCAUUCCUCGGCCUGCAGAAUCUCCAAAAUACGAUCUUCCUGGAAAUCGCUGAUUUGGAGCUUCCGAAACUCUUGCGCAACACAACAGUUUUGUGUUUCGGCAGUCCGCUUCUGGGAAAGCCGAAACACAGCAUUCGCUAUGCGAAAGAGAGUUUCGGCAGCUCUUUCGGCAGACCCCACUUUUGUCUUUCGGCUGCCUUUCGGAAGGCUUGCGGAACAGCCAAAAUGGAAGAUUUUCGAUUUUGUCCGAAAUGAUCCCAUUUCUGACACCCUGCGCGCCCGAGAAAGUGCUGCUUUUCCGUUGAAUUCCGCAGAUUUAGCGUUUGGGCUGAGUCAGGACGUAGCCACUAUGGAGGCUCUACAAGGACUAGGAAUGGACGUUUUAAGUGGUUAAAUACAUGGACAUUGGUCUCGGCUUCACCCUCAUCGCAACAAUUUGGAGGUACUCCAGAGCAGGAAGUGGAGGAAUGGGUGGAGAUAAGCGAGUAUUGGUGAUGUUUUUAUGCCGUGGCACGAGCAAACGACUGCCCAGACAAGCAAGAGUCAAGGACAAGCACAGGUUAUAACUUCAAACUACUAUCGUCCUCUACCUAUUUGCAUCGUGCGUACGAGUAAGCGUAAGCGUAAGGCAAAAUCUGAAACUAAAUCAGGAACAAUUAGUCGACUACACAUCACCAAGAGUAACAGUAGGAGUAGCACACCCCUUGACACAUUGACACUCCACAAUGAGAAUUAGAUACAGCAGUAGAAAUAGAUAUAUAUAGGACAUUUUAGAAUAUUUAGAUUUUUUAGAAUUGUGAAUGUGUACGUGAAGAGCAGUACUGUCAGUAUUAGUAUCUUCAGAGCCGAACGGUAAUGCCAACCAGUCACAGAGACGGUCUCAACUUCAACAGGAACUGAAACACGAACACGAACAGUAAAUAUAAAUAUAUAACUUCGAGUAAGUCUAACUGGUGACGCUGAUGGUCUCAAUAAGAAACAUAGAGUGCGUCUAAAGAAGAGCAGGCACUGUGAAGAACUCAAUGGUUGUAUUUGUAAAUGUUAUUACUUUUACUUAAUCUUUUACUACUACUAAGUUAGUACUAACACUAAGACCCGUGACUAAGACUAAGUAUAUGCGCAAGUAAAUCUAAAUACCACUAGAACGACAAUCAAAUCAGUAAUAGAAAACAGAAAUAACGAUUUAAUUAAAUGAGAAUGAGUACAAAUCUCAGACUAAAUGUAGCAGCAACUAAGACUGUCAGGAACUAUAACAAGUGAAGCCAGCACAAUCACAAUACUCGCACUUGAUGAGACAGAAGGGCAAGGAAGUGGGUAGCUGAGGAAGAGCAGUAUGACGGAGAGCGUGAGUAUCAAGUUCAAGACCAACCCUUAGAAGAGUCAGAUCUUGCG